AUGCCAUCCAUAGAUUUGAGUAAAAGUAUUAGAAAAGCAUGUUCCAUUGAAGAGACUGCACCUAAAAGAAAGCAUGUUCGAGCAUGUAUUGUGUAUACCUGGGACCAUCAUAGCGCCGCUGAGUUCUUUAUACAGUUGAAAGGUUUCCCUAUGCAGGAUGAUAUCCAAGAGUUUAAGUGCUUAAUCCUGUUGCACAAGGUUAUUCAAGAGGGCCAUGUUAGUGUUUUGAAAGAAGCGAUAAGAAAUAGGGAGUGGGUGAGAAGUAUUGGCAGAAUGCAUAGGGGAAGCGGUGGAUAUAGCAGUCUUAUUGGGGAAUAUGUUCACUAUUUGACAUUGAAAUUAGAUUUCCAUGCCCACCACAAAGGGUUCCAAAGUGGUACGUUUGAAUAUAAGGAAUAUGUUUCUUUGAUGCAUGUUAGCAAUCCUGACGAAGGUUAUGAGACUAUUUUAGAUUUAAUGGAUUUACAAGACUCCUUGGAUAAGUUCCAAAUGUUAGUUAUGGCAAGUAUUGGACGCAGUCGGGCAAGUGAAUGUCGUAUCAGUGCUCUGGUUCCAUUAGUUGGAGAAUCCUAUGGUAUUUAUAAAUUUAUUACAUCAAUGAUAAGAGCUUUAUAUGAACAAUUGGGCGAUACUGCUGCCUUGGAUGCAAUUUUGGCAAGAUAUGAUUCUCAACAUAACAGAUUAUUUGAAUUCUAUGCUGAUUGUUCGUCGAUCAAAUAUUUGACUUCCUUAAUUACUUUACCUAAAUUACCAGCUGAACCUCCAAAAUUUGAUGUUGAGAGCAGUCCUACUCCUCCAUUGGCUCCCGAACCGGUAAGUUUCAGUAGGAAGUCUUCAGCGAUGUCAAAUCUUGCUGUUCCAAGUACAAGAUCAAGGAGCCAUAGUAAAGAUUCAUUAUUGCCUACUUCUAGAUAUGGAACUCCGCCUAUCCAACCUGCUGCUUCUCCAUUGGCGAGACAAAGAACAGCAUCUUUAGCUUCGAGAGAUUUAAACAGUACAUCAGUACUUACACCUCAAGACACUCACAUUCCAAAUUUUAUGGAUAUGAGUUCAAAUUCAAAUUCGGGAAUGAGUUAUGGUAACGUAGUAAAUGAAGAACCAAGGCCAGUUAUAUCUGGAGAUGUAAGAUUGGCGAUAUAUCUAUCGAGACAGUGUAUUUCUAACUAUAACCAACCAGUUAGUGUGUUAUCGAUAAGUCAGUUAUGCAAUGAAGUGGCCAGUCAGUUUCUAAACAGCACACCACAUAUCCCCACUAUAAUACAAUUAACGCAUCAGAUAACUACACUACUACAACACAAUCCAUCGCCACUGCUGGCCCAAGCUUCUCAACUCUACUUCCAAGCACUACUUUCCCCCUCCCAACAAGACAUCAUCAAUGCAAAUACAAAUCUACAACAACUCUUAACAAACUAA